CGAGGGGAGGUCUCUAAGAGGUUUCUGCGUCAGGUUCCGUACGGUGCAAUCUUGCAAAUGGGAUUCUUAUGAAUACAAACAAACCACUUAUUUACAGAUUUACAAAAGAAGAAGGAAGUGUCUAUGUGCCACAGAGAACGUUAGAUGCCUAUUGUGGCAAGAAGUGCUCAGUAUGCCUAAGGAACAUGCUUGCAUGAGUAGGAGGGAGCCCUGUGAAUCCGGCAAGAAUGCCAAGGACAGGAGCAACACUGCCAGCAACAUUGCCAGCAACAUUGCCAGCAACACUCCCAGCAACACUGCCAGCAACACUGCCACUCUGUUGGUCUCCAUGAUUACUGCAGACACUGAGUCCGAUGGAAGGGCUUUUUGUUCCAGCUCCGAAAAAGAUUCUGGAUAUUCUGACAAUAACAGUUGUACAGACUGGCUCCAUGCGGAUGGAGAGGACCAGUGCAGCAGUGUGAGUGAGGCCAGGGGAAGUGAGGGUUCUCAGGCCCAGGUCAGGCCCGAGCAGACCCCUCCCCACAGGAACCAAAUCCCAAUCCCAACGCUCAAACCAGGAGGCCCUGACCUCACUCCCAUCGUCAUCAUCAAGAACAUAGUGCUCAAACAGCCUUUGGUGGUAAAGAAUAUUUCAGACAGUCAAGUUGACAACCCAGCCAGGAAAACCAAAAGUAGAACCUACAUGCCCAUUCUCAGGUCCUACCCCCGUAUUGCCCCCCAUCCCAGCCAGAAGACCCCACUGAACCCCCAGGUCAAGAGGACUGGGAGUGAGGACCAGAACCAGAGCAAGAGGAUGUGUACUGAGAAGGACACUGUAUCCUCUACUACUAACUCACUGAUACCCACCAGACAAUACGCCCACAAGCAGCCGGACCCUAAGAGAAGCCUGUCCCAAUGGCAGUGCCCUGCUUCACCGCCUAGUCCCCGCUCCCGAUUUCCCUCCGGCACCUCUCCCGUCUGUGUGUCCAGUGCUGACACCUCCACCACCAUCUCAUCCCGUUCUGGUGGCUCCUCUUCCCUCAAUGCUGAUAGAAGUUCCUGCAGGCAUGUUCCUGGCCUCUCCCUGUCUGUCUCGGCACACAACCGACGCUUCCUGAACACGCUGGCCAUCCUGAGCCACUCAGGCCUGCUGGAAAUCACCCUGCGUAUGCGGGAUCUCCUGCACCAGAACAACGCCACGGACCGAGACAUCGCCCAGCUCCGCCAGCACACUGAGCUUCUGUGCCAGGCAUCGAACAACCACAACAACCCCAAGAACAACCAGAAUGACUACAGUCCGUAUGACAAUAACAAUAUCAAUGACAACAACCCCAUUGCCAACACAGUCUGGGAAAGGCUACACCAGACCAUGGCCCUGUCAGGCUGCUAUCCUGGCCUCAACAACCUCAGAGUUGAAGAUAACACACAUUACUGUCCAGAGCAAGGAGUGGGAUGGAACACCAGUUUCAAGAGAGAUCCAGUUGACCCUAAUAUUUUCUCUCAGAACCACAAAGGGAUGGAGAGCCUUUCCCCUCCAUCACCAAUCCUGGCUCCCAUGUCUGAUCUGCUCCCGCAAGAAUUUCCCAUUUCCCAUUCACAGCUUGCCGUCCAUACGUCACUUUAUCACUCUGAGUAGGGCUUUGUCAAGCUCCCAGAGAAAGUCACAAUCUUGAACCCUGACUGUUCCACCCAUUAGGGUCUUCACUAGUGCCUUCCCAGAGAAAAGCAGGGGACCUGGCCAGUUUUGAACACUAACAAUUCAGUUAAUUCACCAGUGCUACCUAGGUACAGUAUUUAGUCUGUAUUGUAAAAAGAUUCAGACAGUUACCACUAGAACCAAACAAUUUGGAGAAAGUAGCCUUCCAAAGUAAUACAUAAGUUUGUUGUGGAUUCUGCUUCAAAGACACAGCUCCUGAGACAUGAGCGUCAUCUUGUAUGGUACUACACUACCGAGAAGUCCUACACCAUGCUCAAACAAUGCUACUAAUGAGUUCUUUAUCAGGCAUUGGGAAUUUGGAUCCUUUUCUGACCUCUCAGUUACAGCAGUUGACAAAUUAUACUGAAAAUGUACACUUGUAUCCUUGUGAAUUUGCCUUUUAUGUAUAAUCAAAUAGUUUAGAGAUGCCUUUGAAACAUCAAAAGACAAUCUCAUUCAGUGUCUUAAAUCCUACCUUGGAAUCUUGUAUUAACAGUUGUCUAAGGCUUUUGUUGGAUACACAGGGGUUAUGUGAUUUUUGAAUAGAUGUAUGCAGUAGCAAGUACUGUAUUUCUUGUAACUUAUAAGUAGACAAUAAACAUGCUUAUUGUUGAAUGUAUUUUUAA